CCUCCUCCUCGACCAGAAUGGACUUUAGGGAAAUUCUCCUGAUAGCUUCCAAAGCGCAGGGUGUCAACAACGUGCCGAAAAGAUACAGUUUGGCAGUGGGACCUCCCAAAAAAGACCCAAAAGUUAAGGGUGUCCAGUCAGCAGCUGUCCAGGCUUUUCUCAGAAGGAAAGAAGAGGAGCUCAGACGAAAAGCCUUAGAAGAGAAGAGGAGAAAAGAAGAACUAGUGAAAAAGCGAAUUGAGCUAAAACAUGACAAGAAAGCAAGAGCUAUGGCCAAAAGGACAAAGGAUAAUUUCCACGGUUACAAUGGGAUUCCUGUUGAGGAAAAGUCAAAGAAGAGGCAAGCAAUGCAAAGUCACACUAGCCAGGGAGCAGACCAAGAGUACGAGAUGGAAGAAGAGGAUGAAUUCUUAGAAUACAAUCAAGCAGAGUCAGAGCAGGAGUACGAGGAAGAACAAGAACCUCCCAAAGUUGAAAGCAAACCAAAGGUCCCCCUUAAAAGUGCCCCACCAGUCAUGAACUUCAGUGAUCUACUCAGGCUGGCUGAGAAGAAGCAGUACGAGCCGGUGGAGAUAAAGGUCGUGAAGAAGACGGAAGAGCGGCCUAUGACUGCAGAAGAACUUAGGGAGCGAGAAUUCCUUGAACGAAAGCGGAGGAAAAGGACACCUGAGACAGAUGCAAGACUGCCGCCAACCAGAAGAGCACCCUCUCAGAAAGAAGGUGUGGGCACAAAGCUUAGCAGAGGCUCUGGAGACACGCAUCCUCCUUGCAAGGGUACUCUUCCUCAUCCUGAGAAGAAACCCAGACCCAGCCCAGCUGAUGAGAAACGCUUGCAUUUGUCUUCGUCCAAAUCCGUGCCAGGGGAGAGGACCAAAGUAGCCCCUGGCAGUUGCUCCCAACCCUCGCUUCAUGAGGGCCGUGAUAGACCUGUUUUUAAUGGGGCUGGAAAGCCCCACCCCAGCACCUAUUCACCAAGUGUCCCAAAGACUUCUGCUAAAGGGCCUCAGAAAUCUGCUACCGAGCACAAAGCCAAAAAAUCUCCUUCCCAUCCUAGCCAUUCCAGGCCUGGACCCAUGGCCACCCCACACAAUAAGGCCAAGAGUCCAGGUGUCAGGCCGCCAGGCAGCAGCUCCAGCCCAGCCCCUGGGCGGCCUAGCACAGGGACUGCCCGGCCCACGGUUAGUUCUGGCCCUGUGCCCAAGCGCCAGAAUGGCAGCUCCAACUCAGGACCCGAGCGAUCAGUCAGUGGGAACAGGAAGCCAGCCAGUGACUUCAGUCCCCCAGGACGGACAGUCAGUGGUACAAGUGGCCUUGGUCGACCUGCAGGUGGCUCAGGCGGCCCUGGGCGACCUGUCGGUGGCUCCAGUGGUUCUGGGCGACCUGUGGGCAGCUCUGGGGGCCCUGGGCGGCCUGUAAGCAGUCCACAUGACCUCCGACGACCAGUGAGUGGCUCAGGCCCCCCUGGGCGGUUAAUCAGUGGCCCUGGCCGGUCAGUCAAUGGCCCAGCUCCAGCUGGACGACCUGUCAGCAGCUCAGGCCCCGGUAGACCAGUGAGCAGCUUGGGACCUGGGCGAACAGUUAAUAACUCAGGUGCCCCUCUGAAGCCCAAAUGCACUGUUGUCUCAGAAACAAUUUCUUCCAAGAAUAUAAUCAGCCGGCCCAGCAAUGGACAGAUGAAUGGAAUGAAGCCAUCCUUAUCUGGCUACAGAUCUGCCCAUGGUCCUCAAAGGCUUCCCUUUCCUAGUGGUUACAAAAGGCAGCGAGAAUAUGAAGAGGAGGAAGAUGAUGAAGAAGAAGAAUAUGACUCUGAAAUGGAAGACUUUAUUGAAGAUGAAGGAGAACCUCAGGAAGAAAUAUCCAAGCACAUUCGAGAAAUCUUUGGCUAUGACCGAAAGAAAUACAAAGAUGAAAGCGAUUAUGCCUUACGUUACAUGGAGAGUAGUUGGAAGGAGCAGCAGAAAGAAGAAGCGAAGAGCUUAAGAUUAGGUAUGCAAGAAGAUUUAGAGGAAAUGAGACGUGAAGAAGAAGAAAUGAGACGUCGAAAGGCCAAAAAGCUGAAGAAGCGUUAGCUGCUGCUUUUAUUUUUGUGAACUUCUGAAGACUGCUGCAAGGAAGUCCUGCCUUCAGACUGAAGAAGCCCCUUAUCAUUUUAGAAUUCUAGUUGGGUACUCAAGGAGAAGGAAUGCAUACUGUCAUCUAUCUGCAGGCUGUCGUUAGAGCAUAAAGUAUUUUCACAUACUUUGCAGGGUGAAAUCGUAAUGCAGAUGACAUAAUGCCCAGUGAGUGCUCUUACGAAGCUAACUAUUCACAGGAGCCAGCCUUGAUCCUCAUGAGCUAUGCACUCUCAUGUGGGGCCGCUCACAAUUCAGCCAAUCUUGUAUUAUUCCUUUGCUACUCUAAAAAGGAAAAUAAAGGAUUGCUCCUUUACUUCCAUAAUUCUGCUGAUGCGUGAGUACAGCGCUGCCUGGCUCCCAGUCAGAUUUGUCUUUUGAUGAGGAACCUGGCCCUUCCCGGAAUGCUGCCAGCAAUAAAGUGACCAGUCCUAAUCUCUAUGUUUGGAUUGAGAACUUGAAAAUGUAGAGUAGGUGUUAUAGUUAUAUGGAUGUCAUUUCUGUGACUUUGAAAGUAAAAAGUAGAAUAAAUUGUAUUCUGCGUUAUUCACGGAAUGGAUGCUGAGCAUUCUUAUUCACUAACUUAGGUGA